UAAAAGUCUGUGACGUCCUGCGCAUGUUUUUAUCGCCUCUGGCUCAGAGUCGCUGCUGAGGAUCAGUACAGCAAAAACAAGGAAGAAUAAAACUGCAAGAUCUGCCUUUGAUUCUUUCAAACUACAGAUAUGCCUUCCGAUAGACCUUUUAAACAACGACGGACAUUCGCUGAUCGUUGUAAGGAGGUGCAGCAGAUACGAGAGCAGCAUCCUAAUAAAAUUCCGGUCAUUAUUGAGCGAUAUAAGGGAGAGAAGCAGCUUCCUGUUUUGGACAAGACGAAGUUUCUUGUACCUGAUCAUGUCAACAUGAGCGAACUGGUGAAGAUUAUCAGGCGUCGCCUGCAGCUGAACCCAACACAGGCCUUCUUCCUGCUCGUCAAUCAGCACAGCAUGGUUAGCGUGUCCACCCCCAUCUCUGAGAUCUACGAGCAGGAGCGGGAUGAAGAUGGCUUCCUCUACAUGGUCUACGCCUCGCAGGAGACUUUUGGCUGCUAAGCUUUAAUCCUGGCCCCCAGGAUUAAUCUGCGGGAGGAAGCCGAGAGAAGCCAGAGAACAGGCUCAAGCUAAAAGUACACGUCUCUGUGUUUCUCUCUCUAAAAUCUAGCUUCUCUCUUGCCAUCUCCAAACUAACACUACCAUCAUAGUGUCUCAUUGCAACCCGAGCGUGCAUAUGACAGCACUACUGUACCUGCUAGUCUGACCCCUUUGACCUUUUUAAUUGACCCGACACGCUCGUUCCACUUAGUAACAUAAGCCUGGGUAUACGUAAGGGGCUGUUUUUACUUUGUGCUCUGGCCCUGUUUGUUUUUAUGUUCUUGAAUGUUAUUGCUUUUAUUAGGACCGGUGUGUAAAAUAAUUAGCAACACUUUUCCUGUCACUGUAAAUAGGUUAGUGUCUGUUAUUCCUUUUUUUUGUUUAAUGGAUAAUCUGUAGUCUAGGCAUUGUUGCAUUUUUCUGCUCUUGCUUAUAGUAAUCCAUCAAAAACUAAUAAUUUCUGACGCUGGAGUUAGAUUUUAAAAUCUUUCUUCAAAGGAAGACAUAAGCAAAAAUGUAGGCCCCAUCACAUUCAUGCAUAUAAGCUUCAGUAGUAUCUGUGCAUGGUUUUCUGGCCAUGUAAGAAAGAGAAAGGCCCUCGAAACCAACUUCAGAGUGAAAAACCUGAAAAAUGCCGCACUACACAUACACUCAAACUUCAGAGUGAAAAACCUGAAUAAACCUGAAAAAUGCCACACUAUACAUAUGCUCAAACUGUGUUUGACAGCUUAUAAAACCUGGGGAACAUGUAGAUGUGAUACAUGUAGGCUCAGUAGGCUGAUACAUGAUACAUGUAGGCUCAGUUUAAUCAUCUAUACAUUCACUUUAUUAGCAAGUCAGUGAGCCUCUAGAAUUAGAGUGAUGGUUGUAAUCUACUUUGCACAUUUCCCCCCUUACCCCAAAUCAGUGUCUAAUAUUUUAGCUUUGCAGUGGAGCUACAUGGCUAAUGUAGCAAACAAAUGUCAUACAGUGUCAGAAACCACAUAAGCAAGUCUGUUUGAGAACACCUUCAUAUAAAUUCCACCAGUUUUUCUAAAUUUCUGCGUGUGAACAUAGUUAACACUUGGUGUUUUAAUAUGAAAUUAAGUAUUGCAGCAACAGAUUUUCUUUACAGUGGUGGAAAUCGAAACCAGAGGUCAUAAUGUCUAUAACUCAAUAUAUCUGUAACAAUUACAAGUAAAGGCGUUUGUGAGGGAGCUUUCACAGCCAUUAAAUGCUUCAAGUUUCUUUUCAGUGGUGGUGAUGAGAACCAGAGGCCACAAUGUCUACAAUAUGAAUAUAGCCCUUUUUCUACUAUCCAAAACCACUUCAUGUGGUUUUUGUUAAGUAUGCAGUUUGCACAAUGUUAAUUGGUAAAGUAUAAGCUUCCAUUACUUGUUAAUUACAUUAACCUCAUAGCUGCAGUGCAGAACUAAAAAAGCAAACUUCAGACACAAAUGAUUGAUUGCAUUAUUUGGGGAUUAAUUUGGUAAAUAUGAUUUCUUGCUAAAUGAUUCCUUUAAUGGUAAUCAUGAGAUAAUAGUGGAGGUAAAGGAUCAUUUGUAGAUGUAUCUAACACCAUUUAGGUCUUGUGUUUUCACUUGGGCUAAAUAUGGGUUUUGCAUACCUAUUUUAGUCCUUUUUACUGCCAUCAGGUUCUGUAGGAUUGGGUACGUUUACAAAUACAACUCUAGCGGUCAAGUCUAAACUGUGGGAGUAUGAAUGUGGCCUCUGUGCAUAUGUGCGCCUCCAGUGAAACAGCAUUCUGUACUGUAUAUGGGCCAGAGAAACGCAACACUAAAUGGGUGGUAAGUGAGGUUUCUUUUGGCGUACUCUAAUAAGUAAAAAUAAAUAUGCUUCUUUUGCACAAACAAAACAAAACAGCUAAGAUGAACUCUGUUUAAAUGUAGAACUCUAGCACAUAAUUUGUAUUCUGUUUUAUAUCUGGCUUCUUUCCUUUCUAUCACUAUCCGAUGUGUUUGCCUUCUGUCCAAAACUUCAAUGAAGGGUUUAUAAUGCACUACAAUACCUUUGCAUGUUUUUCUCAGACUUUUUUUAUAUAUUGAUUUUAUGCUAUAGAUUUGUUAAUAAUUUCAACUUUAUUUAACGCAUAAAGUCUUUUUAGAUGUUUUCGAACCAAAAAAAGAAAAAAAGAUACAGAAAACCUGAAAUAAAUAUGUAUGUAUGUAUGUGUAUGUUUGAAAUGUGUGUAUAAACCAUCAUAUGAUUA